CCGAAAGGGGCAGGGCAGAAGAAGGCUACACAAACACGCCGCGGGAAGAGCGCGGCCCCUGCCGCUGCCGGCGUCCGCUUACUAGCGCGGGCUCAGUACUGGCGCGGGAGGCGGAGGCGGGCGGCGGCGGCGCCUGCGCGGUCGGGCUCGGUCGACAGUUCGCAGGGGAGGAGGCGGCGGGAGGCGGAGGAGGCGGCGGCGGCGAUGGAGGUGAAGCGGCUGAAAGUGACCGAGCUGCGGUCGGAGCUGCAGCGGCGGGGCCUGGAUUCGCGCGGCCUCAAGAUGGAUCUGGCGCAGCGGCUUCAGGAGGCGCUGGAUGCUGAGAUGCUGGAGGACGAGGCCGGCGUUGGCGGCUCCGGGCCCGGCGGGGCCUGCAAGGCGGAGCCUCGGCCUGUGGCCGCGUCGGGCGGAGGCCCGGGCGGGGACGAGGAGGACGACGAGGAGGAGGAGGACGAGGAGGAGGACGAGGAGGCGCUGCUUGAGGACGAAGACGAGGAGCCACCUCCUGCUCAAGCUUUGGGCCAGGCCGCGCAGCCUCCUCCGGAGCCCCCGGAGGCGUCAGCCAUGGAGGCCGAACCCGAAUCCUCCGACACACCGGCGGAGGCCACGGCCGGGUCAGGUGGGGUAAACGGUGGUGAAGAGCAUGAGACCCGCAAGGGGGAGGAAGACGGGCCGGAGGAACGGAGCGGGGAUGAGACGCCGGGAUCCGAGGCACCGGGUGACAAGGCCACAGAGGAACAAGGAGAUGACCAGGAUAGUGAAAAGUCAAAACCAGCAGGCUCAGAUGGUGAGCGGCGGGGGGUAAAGAGACAGCGGGAUGAGAAGGAUGAACAUGGCCGAGCUUACUAUGAAUUCCGAGAGGAGGCUUACCACAGCCGCUCGAAGUCUCCACCACCUCCAGAAGAAGAGGCAAAAGAUGAAGAGGAGGAUCAGACUCUUGUGAACCUGGACACAUAUACCUCGGAUCUCCAUUUUCAAAUAAGCAAAGACCGAUAUGGAGGGCAGCCACUUUUCUCAGAAAAAUUUCCUACCCUUUGGUCUGGAGCAAGGAGUACUUAUGGAGUAACAAAGGGAAGAGUAUGCUUCGAGGCCAAGGUAACACAGAAUCUCCCAAUGAAAGAAGGCUGCACAGAAGUUUCUCUACUCAGAGUUGGGUGGUCUGUUGAUUUUUCCUGUCCACAGCUUGGUGAAGAUGAAUUCUCUUAUGGUUUUGAUGGAAGAGGACUCAAGGCAGAGAAUGGGCAGUUUGAGGAAUUUGGCCAGACUUUUGGGGAGAAUGAUGUCAUUGGCUGUUUUGCUAAUUUUGAGACUGAAGAAGUAGAACUUUCCUUCUCCAAGAAUGGAGAAGACCUGGGUGUGGCAUUCCGGAUCAGCAAGGAAUCUCUAGCAGAUCGAGCCCUUCUACCCCAUGUCCUGUGCAAAAAUUGUGUCAUAGAAUUAAACUUCGGUCAGAAGGAAGAGCCCUUUUUCCCACCACCAGAAGAGUUUGUGUUCAUCCAUGCUGUGCCUGUUGAGGAGCGUGUACGGAUUGCAGUUCCUCCUAAGACCACAGAGGAGUGUGAGUGUAAUGUGUACAACUCUGGCCAACGAAGGAAGUUAUUGCUGUUCAAGACCUUCGCCAGGAAAGUGGUGGUGGUUGUCCCUAAUGAGGAAGAUUGGAAGAAGAGGCUGGAGUUGAGAAAAGAAGUGGAGGGAGAUGAUGUGCCUGAGUCUAUAAUGCUGGAGAUGAAAGCCAACUUCUCUCUACCUGAGAAAUGCGAUUAUAUGGAUGAGGUGACAUAUGGGGAGCUGGAAAAAGAAGAAGCCCAACCCAUUGUUACUAAAUACAAGGAGGAAGCAAGGAAGCUGCUGCCCCCCUCUGAGAAGCGGACAAACCGCAGGAACAAUCGCAACAAGAGAAACCGGCAGAACCGAAGCAGAGGCCAAGGCUAUGUGGGCGGGCAGCGCCGAGGCUACGACAACCGGGCCUACGGGCAGCAGUACUGGGGGCAGUCUGGAAACAGAGGGGGCUAUCGUAAUUUCUAUGAUCGAUACAGGGGUGACUAUGAUCGAUUCUACAGACAAGAUUAUGAGUACAACAGAUACAGAGACUAUUACAGACAAUACAACCGGGAUUGGCAGAAUUACUACUACCACCACCAACAGGACAGAGACCGAUACUACAGGAACUACUACGGUUACCAAGGGUAUCGGUGAAGCCCCUGCUGUUUUCACCUGUCAGCCAUGAAGCUGAGGCUCUGGGGAUGCCAAGCAUCCCCCAAAACACAACCAAGGAAAACAGGGGCUGUUGGGGUGGGGCUGAGCUGCCGG